GCCAGGAGGUCAAUGAUGAAAUGGGAGGUUAAGAAAAACACGACUUUUAGGCUAGAUUUCCUACUCGAACGACCAGAGAUUGGAGUAAAAAAGACCCCUUCCAGUUUCGGUAGUCUCCGACCCAUCGAGGCCUGUUCCAGGAGGCUCUGCGAGAGCGAGACGGGGGUACGCGAAAAGGAUACAGGGUUCCGGGUUUGGAUGGAAACCAGCGCCAGGUCCCGCUUGGGCUCCCCGCGGAUUCCCUGCGGUCUCAGUUCCGUUCAGGCGGCGACGCGGACACCCUUGCUCCGCGGUGAUUGGCUCGCGGCGGGGGCCUCGCGUGUGUCCAAUAUGGCGGCGCCCAGUGGCGGUGUGAACUGUGAGGAGUUCGCCGAGUUCCAGGAAUUACUCAAGGUGAUGAGGACGAUUGAUGACAGAAUAGUACAUGAAUUAAACACUACGGUUCCAACAGCUUCCUUUGCAGGGAAAAUUGAUGCAAGCCAAACCUGUAAACAACUUUAUGAGUCUUUGAGGGAGGCUCAUGCCAGCAGGGACAGAGUCAUAAAAAAUUGUAUAGCUCAGACCUCAUCAGUAGUAAAACACCUCCGAGAAGAGAGAGAAAAGAAUUUGGAUGAUUUAACGUUAUUAAAGCAACUUAGAAAGGAACAGACAAAGUUGAAAUGGAUGCAGUCAGAACUGAAUGUUGAAGAAGUUGUAAAUGACAGGAGCUGGAAGGUGUUUAAUGAACGCUGCCGAAUUCACUUCAAGCCUCCAAAGAAUGAAUAAAAAGAUACUUUUUUUUAAAAAAGGACCGACUGGGACAUCUCAUGAGCUAAGCAUGACAGACAUCAACAAGGUGGGCUUCCUAGGAUGAUUUCUGAGCCAACAGUCCAAGACCUUUUGUUGAUUUCAGCCCCACUUAGCCAAGACCUUACAUACAAAUAAUUCUGAUAAUUAUGGAGAAAUCAACUGCUAUUUUAUACUGAUUCUGUAAAAAAAAAA